UUCGCGCUGCGGCAGUGCGCGCGCUGCGGUGCUGUGUGGUGCCAGGGAAGUCGGCCUCCUUCCCUCCAGGACCAUGGCCACCGACUCGUGGGCCCUGGCAGUAGACGAGCAGGAGGCGGCUGUCAAGUCGAUGAAUAAUUUGCAGAUCAAAGAAGAGAAAAUCAAACCAGAUACCAAUGGAGUUGUCAAAACCAAUACCACCGGGGAGAAAACAGAUGAAGAAGAGAAAGAGGACAGAGCCGCCCAGUCCUUACUCAACAAGCUGAUCAGAAGCAACCUCGUCGAUAACACAAACCAGGUGGAAGUCCUGCAGCGGGACCCAAACUCCCCCCUCUACUCAGUGAAGUCCUUUGAGGAGCUUCGGCUGAAACCACAACUUCUCCAGGGAGUCUACGCCAUGGGCUUCAAUCGACCAUCCAAGAUACAAGAGAACGCCUUGCCCAUGAUGCUUGCUGAGCCCCCACAGAACCUGAUCGCUCAGUCUCAGUCUGGUACUGGUAAAACAGCUGCCUUUGUCCUGGCCAUGCUCAGCCGAGUGGAACCAGCAGAGAGGUACCCCCAGUGUUUGUGCCUCUCCCCAACAUAUGAGCUGUCACUUCAAACAGGAAAAGUGAUUGAACAGAUGGGCAAAUUUCAUCCAGAGCUAAAGCUUGCUUAUGCUGUCCGAGGCAAUAAGUUGGAAAGAGGUCAGAAGAUCAGUGAGCAGAUUGUCAUUGGCACCCCUGGGACCGUCUUGGACUGGUGCUCCAAGCUCAAGUUCAUUGACCCCAAGAAGAUCAAGGUGUUUGUUCUGGAUGAGGCUGACGUGAUGAUUGCUACCCAGGGCCACCAAGACCAGAGCAUCCGCAUCCAGAGGAUGUUGCCCCAGAACUGCCAGAUGCUGCUUUUCUCUGCCACCUUUGAAGACUCUGUGUGGAAAUUUGCCCAGAAAGUAGUCCCAGAACCAAACAUCAUCAAACUGAAGCGCGAGGAAGAGACGUUGGACACCAUCAAGCAGUACUACGUCCUGUGCAAUAACAGAGACGAGAAGUUCCAGGCCCUGUGUAACCUGUACGGGGCCAUCACCAUCGCUCAAGCCAUGAUCUUCUGCCACACCCGCAAAACAGCUAGUUGGCUGGCAGCAGAGCUCUCAAAAGAAGGCCACCAGGUGGCUCUGCUGAGCGGUGAAAUGAUGGUGGAGCAGAGGGCUGCGGUGAUCGAGCGCUUCCGGGAGGGCAAGGAGAAGGUUCUGGUGACCACCAACGUGUGUGCCCGAGGAAUCGACGUGGAGCAGGUGUCUGUCGUCAUCAACUUUGACCUCCCCGUGGACAAGGAUGGCAACCCGGACAACGAGACCUACCUGCACCGGAUCGGGCGCACUGGCCGCUUUGGCAAGAGGGGCCUGGCCGUGAACAUGGUGGACAGCAAGCACAGCAUGAACAUCCUGAACAGAAUCCAGGAGCAUUUCAAUAAGAAAAUAGAAAGAUUGGACACGGAUGACUUGGACGAGAUUGAGAAAAUAGCCAACUGAGACUCCCCACUGAUUGAUUGCUGGUGCCCGCCCGUGAUGCCCCCUGCACGGGACACUCGUGCUUUCAUGGCGCAGGCCUGGACAGUCACCACAAAGAUGAAGGCACGAGUAGAGAGAAACUACCUACCUCACUUAAAUUACGUUUGGACUUGACAUAUACAAAAUGCAUACUUGUAUGUGAUCAGGAAAGUUGAAUGAUAAUUAGGCCUUUUGGAAAAUCGAGUCCUUUUUAAGCCAAGGUUUCCCCCAUCUUUCUAGUCAUCUGGUUGCUGGUUCCCACAUCUCUGCCUGUUAUCUGGCUAGGGAUGUUGGAACCAGACUCCUACCCUGAGGAAGUGAUAGAGGUUGGGAAUUUAUUGUGGUGGGGUCUCGGUACCACAGGCCUAGGAGUCCCCAGUGUAGGGGAGCAUGGGGAGCAGCAGCUGAGGCCUGUGGGCUGCCUACUCUCUGUCUCUCCAUGGAGACCCUUUGUGAAGAUUUCCUGCCCUCAUGAGAUCUUCCUUGUCUUGACUCCAUAAGACCCAUUUCCUGUUCUGUGCCAGAACAUCUCCUUGUUUCUCACUGGUGAGCAUUAGAUGUGGGGAGAAACAUGGAAGUCAGUGAGUCCUGGCCUCUUCAGAGAGACGGGGCUGGCCAGAGAAGAUGAAUUGAGAGGAUUCUGCUCCGUGGUACCAGGAUAUACUAGGCGCAAUUCUGCCACAGCCUGGCGGGGUCAAUGGGUUCUCAUCCACAGUGUCGCUGCCUGGGUGCAAACAGCAGUCUGUGGAAAGGAAGUAAUGACCAAGUGCUAACUGGUCUCGCUGUGUAUCCAUAAUAGAGGAUCUGUUGGCUACCUUCUUCCAUACUUUAUCAGUAUGAACAGGGACAGAUACCUUAGAGCUUUACCUAUCAUUAUGUUACAAAAUUUAAAAGUAAUUAUGAGACAUUUUACUAACGAUUUGUUUUUACUUGUAUUUUUCUGCUUACUAGAUGAAUAUAUGCUCAUUAAACAAGGUGUGUGCAUCUAUAAAGUAUAAGUGCUUUCCCUCCCCUUCUCUUUGCGUGUUUCAGACCAUGCAAAGAUGUACAUCCUGUACAGAUGUCUCUUUAUAUUGUCACUCAACGUGCUUUUUCACUCACCAGCAUUUCCAGGAUCUGUGACGUGUCCAGCACACAUGCAUCGUCCUCCCUCCUGACAGGGUCUGGUGCAGAGCUGCUCGGCACUCACCUGGCAGCUGUGGGAGGAGGUCCUCUGCCCUGUCCAGGCCCCACAGACACCGAGCAACCUACACUCAGCUCUGCUGAGACCUGCUCUGUCCUGUGUUCCCACAGCAGAGCUGUUGGGGCAGAGUGGGGACAUUUAAAUUUCUAGUACAUCACCAAACUAAUCUGCCAAGAAGCUUUACCAGUGGACAUUAACAUUGUAGGUACAGAACAGCUACUGUCCUGCCUGCUUACCAACUCUACCUGUUAGCAGUGGUUAAGCCUCUGUCCCUCUGAGUAACAAAAGGUACUUAUGUUUUGUAUUUAAUGGGGUUUGGCUGACUUUCAGCUUACUAGAUUUUAGUAUUUUCUCUUUUGGGGUCCUGCCCAUUUUACUACUGGAUUGUCAAUUCUUAAUGAUUUUUAGCUAUCUUUCUAUUUUAGGGAAAUUAAACUUUGUCUUUAAUGGU